UUACCCGAGCAAUAUUCAUAUCCUUCAAGUCCACUGGAGCUACGCCGAGCACUAUUUCCUUCCACUUCCGAGCAUUUCUUCAUCCUUCUAUCCUGUUCGGUGGUUUCUUUUGCUGGUUGCAGUGUCCGGAGCUUAGUUCUGCUUUGGUGAAAUAACCAAAAACUCUCUCUUUGUCAGGUCUUUUGGUGACUUGAGAUCUGCCGAAUUCGGCGGUUCUGGAAUCUGCUUCAUGAGAUUGACACAAGGCACGUCGCCGAAACAUGCGGACAACAAGACAUUUACCUAAUCCAAAGUGUCGUGCUGCCCUUGCUCCGUCCUUGAUCUAUGGAAGACGGAAAUUCUCAGUCUGCCGCUGCCCCCCAUCUUGAUGACCGUGUCAAGCUCAACGUCGGUGGCAAGCUCUUCGAGACGACCCUAUCCACCGUCCGGUCUGGCGGUCCUGAUUCACUCCUCGCGGUCCUCGCGGACCGGCCCACCUACGAUCUCAACCCGGUGUUCAUAGACCGGGACCCUGAGAUCUUCUCGGUCCUCCUCUCUCUACUCCGAUCGAAUCGUCUCCCCUCCACAGCCUGUCGAUUCUCCAAGCAAGAACUUGCUGAUGAGGCCCUCUACUAUGGCAUCGAGUCGCGCCUCAAGACGGCGAUGUCCCCGCCUUCCUUUUCCGGGAUCGACGCUUCCGUCGUCACCACCAUUCGCCCCGCCUCCGACGGCCUUCCCUCGGCGUUCAUGACAGGCUCCGAAGACGGCUCUGUCUGGAUUGCCCAUGGUGGUCAAAUCUCCAGCUAUGACUGGAAUCUCAUUCCCGGCACGACGAUCCGGACUCACUUGAACGACAUCACCUCGAUCCGCCGAAUUUGGCCGGAAGUCGCUGCUGUAGGAUCUGAUUCCACCGCUGGUCUCCACUUCUACGAUAUCUCAGGCGGCCGACACGUCGGUUCAACUCACUGGACUGAUCCCUCUGAUCCACGCAUCUAUAAAGCCCAAGUCAAUGCGAUUUCUGACUCACAGAGUUCGGUCUUCGCCUCAUUCAAUUGUCCACAUAGAGAGAAUUGCGUCCUAGUUAUCGACAAAUCCACGCUCCAAAUUGCUUCGGAGCUCGGCCGUAUGUCCGGCAGCUCGACAAAGAGCAUGGUCCCAGGGAAGCUGACGUGGCUUCCGGAGAGGAGUGUACUCGUUGCAAGUGCUGUCACAAGUGGGGCGUUCGGGUGCUCAGGGUACAUUAGAUUGUGGGACCCGAGAUCCGGAGAGGUGGUUUGGGAGACGAUCGAGCCAGGUUCAGGGCGGAGCACUAGGUUCGGCGACUCAUUUGCUGACGUGGACGUCAACGUGGAUGAGUCGACUCUGUUCAAGAUAUGUUCUAAGUCGGGGGAUUUGGCAAUGGCAGAUGUGCGUAAGUUAGGAGAUGAUCCAUGGGUGUAUUUGAAAGACAAGAACCCAAGCAUGACUAACAGGAGUGGAGAUGGAGGUGGCGAUAGUGUAAUUCACUGUUACAAGAAGCAAGUGUUUGUGGGGAGAGAGGGAGGCUUAGAGGUGUGGUCCAGAGUGGAAGGAAGAGAAAAUGGAGUGGAGGAAGAGAGUGGGGUUUGUGAGGGUUUGUAUAGGAGGAAUUUUGUGGACAAGGUGGAGGAUUCAAAGAGAGGGAUUAUAAAGAAAAUUGAAGGUGGUGGAAAUAGGUUGUUUGUUAGUAGAGAAGAUGCUGAAGGCAUUGAGGUGUGGGAAAGCUCUAAUUCUUCUAGUGCAGUUUUAAUCACGUCACCAUAGGGAUUGUUUUGGGUAAGGAGUUAGACCCCGCGGCAAAUGUGAAUGAAUUAUUAUAGGGUUUACUUGCCCGAACAAGUCGGUUAGCUGUCUAAGAACUGUUUGAGUAUAUGGGUCCAUGGGAGCUCUCUUACAUACAAAAUUGCUGGGGAUUUCUAUCCGAAGUUGGAUCUUAAAGACUCUGAAUUUGAAGCAAGUCACUUUCACUUCAUUGGACGCUUUUUCAAGCUGAUUGAGCUAAUCCUUGUUCUCUACAUUCUCAGCUUAUUUUGUGAUGUAAUUGUUUAUUUGGGUUUGUAUGGUUUAUUGUUGGCCCAUUUGGAAAUCAUAUUUAGGGAGUGGAAACUGGAAAGUUUCAAAAGCUGGAGAUGUGUAUAAUCAAUUCAGAAAUCUUACUAUUUUUAAUUUUUAUUUGAGAAAUCAUUUGGAAAAUCAA